ACCUGGCAACAGCCCUAGCGGCUGGACUGAGUUCUCUCCCUGACUGGGAUCAGAGGAAAGAGCCGGAAAGAGGGAUCGACGUGUGAUUGGCCGCGGAGGGUCACGUGGCUGCGCUGGGCUCCGAGUUGGCGUACGCGGUUGUGGAGCCUGGUGCUCGGCUGGGAGGGAACAGAGCGGAGGGUCGGACAGGGUUGAAGAGAUUUCUGACAUUUGGAUGGGCAUAGGCUGCCGACCCACAGUCACGGAGUCCGGAAAGCGAGAGGUCGGACAGUGACAGCCCCCCCUUACCGCCCGGGGGUGGGAGAGAUCCGGGAGACAUGGUGGAAUACAUUGUGGAAUACGACUACGAGGCUGAAAAUGAGGACGAGCUGACGAUACGAGUAGGAGACGUCAUCAAGAAUGUGAAUAAGCUGGAAGAGGAUGGCUGGCUCGAGGGAGAAGUCAAUGGCAAAAGGGGAGCCUUCCCUGAUAAUUUUGUAAAGGAGAUCAAAAAAGAUCCAGAACCAAAAGAAGAGAACGUAUCAAAUAAAAAGGAGAAAUCAGGAAAUGUUGCCAGCCUGGUGCAGCGGAUGAGCGUGUAUGGAAUCCCUGGCAUGGGGCCUCCUCCACAGCCCAAAUCCAUCAAAAAAAAAUCCAAAAAGCGUCAGUGCAAAGUCCUGUUUGAGUACGUCCCACAGAACGAAGAUGAACUGGAGCUGAAAGUGGGGGAAAUUCUGGAUAUAAUUGAGGAGGUAGAAGAAGGCUGGUGGAGUGGAAGCAACAGUGGAAAAUCCGGCCUCUUUCCAUCAAACUUCGUAAAAGAGCUGGAGCUGUCGGACGAUGGAGAGAGUCAGGAGAGCACUGAGGAUUCAGAGCCAUCUGUCACAACUCCUAUAGCAACUCAUAUAGCAACACCAGCCUCGCCUGUACUGUCCUCAGUGAAUGGACCCGAUGCCUCCCCAUUAGCCACAGCUCAGCCAAAGAAGGUCAUGGGUGUUGGCUUUGGGGACAUUUUCAAAGAAGGGUCUGUGAAACUCAAGACUAGAAUACCAGCGCCAGAGCCAGAAGUGAAAAAGCCAGAAAAGCCAUCGCCAGUUCAGCCAUCAAGUAGCAAGGUUCUGCGGUCAACAAGCUCUGAUGCUUCAAGAACGGAGACAGACAGCAAACCCAAAGCUAAGGAGAUGUGCAGAGCCCUGUUUAACUAUGAAUCUGUGAACGAGGAUGAACUUUCUUUUAAGGAAGGGGAUAUUAUUUGCCUCACUAGUAAAGAUACUGGUGACCCAGGCUGGUGGAAAGGAGAACUGAAUGGUAAGGAAGGCGUUUUCCCCGACAACUUUGUUGCUCUAAUACAAGAGUCCGAAAAAGAGAAGCCGAGGAAACCUCCGCCUCCCAUUAAAAGCCCAGCAGCACCAAAGCCAGAACUUCGCAUCGGAGAGAGAAAAUUAACUCCAGCAAAAACAGAAGAGAAAGAUGAAAAGCCAAUGUUGGACCUUAAACCUCCCAAACCUGCAGCUCCUCAGGUACCACCAAAGAAACCAAGUUUUGCAAGCAAGAGUAAUAGUCUCCUGAAACCAGCAGUGAUCCCUCCCAAGCGUCCAGAAAAGCCGGCCUUUGCGUCGCCAACCUCCAAGCCUAAUGGAGAUUUACUGUUUAGUCGCCCCAAGCCAGAAUCAGAAACUCUCAAUAAGGCAAAGACAGAGCUGGACCAGCAGGUUCUAAGUCGACCAAAAUCAGCAGAAGCAGAACCACAUAAUAAAGCAAAAACAGACCUUGAACAGAUUCUAAGCCGACCAAAAUCAGAAGUGGAACCGCACAGUAAAACAAAAACUGAUCUGGAACAGAUUCUGAACAGGCCAAAGUCAGAGGCAGAACCUCUUAGUAAAACAAAGAUGGAUCUAGAACAGAUCCUGAGCCAACCAAAAUCGAACGGGGAACAUCAUAACAAAACAAAGAUGGACCUGGAACAUAUUCUGAGCCGGCCGAAGACAAUUGAAGUAGAGCCAGCGGCUAAAAGCCCCAGAGACGAGGUGGACUUUUUUGGUGAUGUGAUUCCUACCUCAAACCAUUUAUCUCACCCAACUGUGAACAGACCAAAGAUGCAAGGGAAGAGGCUACCCGGUCGCUUUAAUGGUCCCAUUACUGAAAGCAAAGAUUUAACAGAUUCUGUCAAAGUGCUUAAAGAAGAGGAGGAUGAAAGUGCCAAAGUAAAGACACCUGAAGUCAAAAAGCCAUUGGCUCCCAGCACUGGUACAUCUACACCCCCAGCUUUACUCUCAAAACCUGCCCCCAGUCCUCCUGUUCCGUUACCCGCUGAGGUGAAAGUGAAAUCAGAAGUGACUGACAGUAAGAAGAGUGAAAAGAGCCAAAUGGACGAUCUCAAAGCCCAAAUUAGUGAACUCCUUAGCAUUGUGGAUGCCGUUAGAAAAGAACAUAGGAAAGAGCUGGAUCACCUAAAGAAAGAGUUAGAAGAGGAACGGUUGUUACGGACCAAUUUAGAGACCGAGGUUGACAAGCUGAAGAAGGCGGUCCCGUUAACAUGAGGAGCCAAUCGUUUUUAUGCCACCGAUAUUGAUUAAAGUCCGUGUCAGACACUUAACGUUGUCUCCUCUUUUCCUCGAGUUCACGGAAUCAACAAACACUCUGGCACUUUCCUUGGUUGGAAUUAAAGAGGCCGGAUCUUCCUACUGUGCUGGAGCCGAGGCCUCGUACAACGGUUUUGCUUCAAGAUACUACUGAGUUUAUGUACAAAGCGGAGAUUCUGUACGAAUUUUAUCAAAUACUUGUCUUUUUUUUUUCCUUUUUAAAUGCUUUCAAUACAGUGAUAUAUAAAUAUAUAUAAAUAUCUUUAGAA